AUGUCGCUCCUCAGUAGAUUCUUCUACAGAAGGCCGCCCGAUGGGUUGCUCGAGUUUGUCGAGAGAGUAUACGUGUUCGAUUCUUGCUUUUCUACUGAAGUUCUGCCCGAUGAAUUGUACCACAUGUAUUUACACGAAACAAUUGGGGAACUGUACGAAGAGUUUCCCGACUCUUCCAUUCUUGCUUUCAAUUUCCGCGAGGGCGACAAGCGGAGCCAGUUCGCUGAGAUUUUGUGCAAGUAUGAUGUUACUGUUAUGGAUUAUCCGCGCCAGUACGAGGGCUGCCCGCUCCUGCCCUUGUCCUUGGUGCAACAUUUCCUUCAAGCUUGCGAGAGUUGGCUUUCACUUGGGAACCGUCAGAAUGUUAUCCUCUUCCACUGCGAGAGAGGGGGCUGGCCCCUCAUGGCCUUCCUAUUGGCUAGUUUCUUGAUUUUUAAGAAGCUCCAUCGAGGUGAACGAAGAACCCUUGAAAGUGUUCAUCGAGAGGCUCCGAAGGGCUACCUGCAGCUCUUGUCGCCACUUAAUCCUUUCCCUUCUCAGCUGCGGUACCUUCAAUAUGUUGCAAGAAGAAACAUUGCGCCAGAGUGGCCGCCUCCUGAACGAUUCCUUUCGUUAGAUUGUGUCAUUCUUCGUGCCAUUCCUAGCUUCGACUCGGACAAUGGCUGCAGACCUGUCAUACGUAUUUUUGGUAGGAAUCUCCGCUCAAGGGGUGGACUUUCGACCCAGAUGCUGUUCUCCAUGUCUAAGAAGAAGAAAUCUUCCAUUAAACAUUACCGACAGGCAGACUGUGAUGUGAUCAAAAUUGACAUCCAGUGUUUGGUACAAGGAGAUGUUGUCUUGGAGUGUGUGCAUUUGGACUUGGAUCCUGAAAGGGAAGUCAUGAUGUUUCGCGUAAUGUUCAACACAGCAUUUAUUCGAUCCAACAUACUAAUGCUGAACUCUGACAACCUUGACAUUCUUUGGGAUUCAAAGGAACGAUAUCCAAAAGGAUUUCGAGCAGAGAUUCUAUUUGGUGAAGUUGAGAGUGCCUCACCACCAAAAGGCCCAAGUCCAACUUCAGUGUUGAACGUGGAAGAGAAGGGUGGAUUACCAAUUGAAGCUUUUUCUAAGGUUCAAGAACUCUUCAAUGGUGCAGAAUGGGUUGAUAACAGUGAUGCUUUGUGGCUACUUAAGCAACUUUCCGUCUUCAAUGAUGCAAGAGAACUUUCAAGAUUUCAAGCUAGAGGUAGUUCAUAUGCUUCACCUUUUGACUCUGAAGAAGAUAAUAACGCUUCCAGCACUGCAGAUAGUUCAGAUGAAGCUUUUGAUUUUGUUCCAAAGUCUUCAGUAGAUUCUAUGGAGUCAUUUGUGCGUGGUACUGUUAAUUCCGUAGACAUACCACCACCAUUUGAUGAUCCAGUUGAUCCAGACAUUGGUUCAGAAUCCACAGGUGCAAUUUCAGUUCACCCUGAAACUGCUCCAUCCUCUCUUAAGCAACAACUGGCUUCAACUGAGGAAAUGAAACCUUCUUCAGAAGCUUCUCUACAGUGUAAACCUUCUGUUGGACAAGUACCAACACAACCACCACAACCUGGAAUCCUUGCUUCCCCACCACCACCACCUCCUCCCCCUCCUCCGCUUCCUACAACUACUAGUGUCCAAAGUCCUGUUUCAAUUUUUGCACCACCUCCACCAACACCGCCUCCACCUCCUCCUGCAGAGUCUCUGAACAAUACUACUAGUCCAUCUCUACCGGCGUCAUCUAUUCCUGCUAGUACAGUUUCUUCAUUCUAUAGUUCUCCUGCCACAAGUAAAGUUCCCACUCCACCACCACCCCCUUCUAACUUAUCACAUAUAGCUCCGCCACCGCCACCGCCACCGCCACCGCCACCGCCUCCUCCACCUCCUCCGUUUGGCAGAAUGUGUUCAGGUUUAAGUACAAGUCUGGAGCUGCAUUCUGGACCCAGUACUCUUGACUCUUUUCAAAAGCAAGCACCACCUGCACCUCCGCCACCUCCACCACCUCCUCCUUCCAGCUUACAUUCAUCACUUCCAUCAUUGUUACCUCCACCUCCACCUCCGCCACCUCCACCUCUUCCUUCUUGCUUACAUUCAUCAUUGUUAUCUCCACCUCCACCUCCACCUCCACCUCCUCCUCCUCCUCCUCCUUCCAGCUCGCAUUCAUCAUUUUUACCACCACCACCACCACCACCACCUCCUCGUCCUCCUUCUGGUUCGUAUUCAUCACCUUCAGCACCACCGCCACCGCCACCACCUUCAUUUCCCUCAAAAACCAAUAAUAUCAAGCAGCUACCACCAGCCCCUCCCCCUCCGCCUCCACAUUCUACUUUGUCAUCUUCAACAUCUAUCACAAGUGCUAGAAGUGGUCCUCCACCUCCACCUCCAGUUCCACCUCCACUCCCUGCUGGUGGCAACCCUGGUGCUGCCCCGGGGCCACCUUCCCGUCCUCCUCCCCCUCCUCCAGCACCUCCUUUGGGUCCUACACGCUCUAGUUCGAUCUCAUCACCUGCCCUCCCCACUCCACCACCACCACCGAGGCCUCCCGCUCCACCUCCAGUACCUGGUCGUGGUGGCCCUCCAGGUCCGCCACCAUUGCCAGGAACAAAGAGCUCCAGUGUGCCACCUCCUCCGCCUCCUUCCAUUGGCAGGGCAAAAGGUUCUUCUGGUUCAAGUGGUCAUGGCAGAGGUCGAGGAAUCGCCCCAACUGGCGUUGCCACUAAAAGAACUUCUUUGAAGCCCUUGCAUUGGGUGAAAGUUACUCGAGCAGUGCAAGGAAGUCUGUGGGCUGAUUCACAAAGGCAGGAGAGUCAAUCAAGGGCCCCUGAAAUUGAUAUAUCAGAACUUGAGAGUUUGUUCUCAGCUGCAUCAGUGUCAGAAGGUAGUGCUGCUAGUAGAAUUGGUGCUAGACGUGGCUCUAACAUCAAUAAGCCUGAGAAAGUACAGUUGGUUGACUUGCGUAGAGCAUAUAAUUGUGAAAUAAUGCUUUCAAAAAUCAAGAUUCCGUUGCCUGAAAUGAUUAAUGCAAUUCUAGCUUUAGAUUCUUCAGUGUUGGAUAUUGAUCAGGUUGAAAAUCUGAUCAAAUUUUGUCCAACUAAGGAGGAAAUUGAAACAUUAAAGAACUUUACCGGCAAUAAGGAAACGCUUGGAAGAUGCGAACAGUUCUUCAUGGUGCUGAUGACUGUUCCAAGAGUGGAAGCCAAAUUACGAGUAUUUGCUUUCAGGAUCACUUUCUCAAGUCAGGUGAAUGAUUUGAGAGGUAACCUCAAUACCGUGAAUGAUGCUGCCAGAGAGGUGAAAGAAUCUGAAAAGUUACGGCAGAUAAUGCAAACAAUUCUUACGUUGGGGAAUGCUUUAAAUCAAGGCACUGCACGAGGAUCUGCUGUGGGAUUCAAAUUGGACAGCCUUCUUAAGUUGUCUGAUACUCGUGCAAGAAACAACAAAAUGACUUUAAUGCACUAUUUAUGCAAGCUCCUAGCUGAGAAAAUGCCAACAUUGCUUGAUUUUGGCAAAGACCUUGCUCAUUUGGAAGCUGCUUCUAAGAUUCAACUUAAAACUCUAGCUGAAGAAAUGCAGGCUGUUAGCAAAGGUCUUGAGAAGGUUGAGCAGGAACUCGCUGCUUCAGAAAACGAUGGUGCUAUAUCUGCCGGUUUCCAAAAGGUACUGAAGAACUUCCUUCAUACUGCUGAAGCUGAAGUAAGGUCACUUAUUUCGUUGUACUCAGAAGUGGGAAGAAAUGCAGAUGGAUUGUCCCAGUAUUUUGGAGAGGAUCCAGCUCGGUGCCCCUUUGAGCAAGUGACACAAAUCUUGGCCGUCUUCGUGAAGAUGUUCAACAAGGCACGGGACGAAAAUGAGAAGCUGGCUGAGGCUGAAAAGAAGAAACUCGAGAAGGAAGCCUUGAAAGAGAAGUCUGCUGCAAACUUGUCCGCGAAGAAAGAUGAGAACGACAAGAUGAAACUCGAGUUUCAACUCCAGAGAAAUGCUGUAAGGCUGAAAAAUGAAGACUGA